AUGGCUUCUGCUAUAGACGUGGGCAUUAUACAACCUGUGGAGAACUUGACCAGUGUCCUGUCUCAGGGGUGCACCACUGGGAAUUGUACAUUCUCAUCGCUCAACGGGGAAACCUUCUCAACACUAGCGAUUACACACUCCUCCGAAAACGUCACGUCGCAAGUCCAAACACACACUCUUCGCGGAAACGAGACUUUGACGUUUGAUUUAUGGGAUGUGAAGGCUGAGUCUAUCACCGCCAUGAACGGUACCGAAGUGGGCAACUAUAUCCUGGCAUUUCCCCUGGGCGAAGAUGAUGUUCCUCUUGCAUUCGCCCUGCGACCCUGGCCUGGGAUUCUUCGUACUGGUGUACCUACCAAUUUCUACGAGGAUCCUACCGUUAAGAUGAUUAUCAGGCCAAACUUCACGGAAGAAGCGUUCGAAGAGUACACUGCAGUGAGCUGUUCGCUACAUCCCGCCGUUAACACGUACUCUGCGCGGAUCUGGAAUGGUCUCUUGACGGAGGACCUGGUCAGGAGCAUCCCCUUCAGGCCACAUCUUGUAUCACAAGACAUUCCGCGGUUCAACAACGUAUUGAGAAUCGGCACAGCGAGCACGAUCCAGGAUGGGUCACAAAUAAUGUGCGAACCCCGAGAGAGCCCGGCGCCUGGAUAUGAGCCAAUCGCACAAGGGAAUAUUGUCACCACAGCUGGUCAGAUUGUCGAGUUCGGCGCCGUGAACGACACCCGUGUGUGGUAUGUCCCUCAAGACUGCGUGUGGCAAUAUCAAUUGGAAUCUUUGAUCGGAUUCCACGCAUACUUAUCUCAGAUCUUCGACGGUCAAUGGCUCGGCAGCACCAUAAAAUACUUCAAGGGUAGUAUACAUCUGCGUCAGUUGUAUCAGGAUGGAAAUAUUACGAUGGACACUGUCGAUGAAGUCUUCGGCAACAUCGCCCGAUCUAUGACUAACGUCAUCAGGACAUACGGCGUGACCAACUACACUGGAGUACCAGACGCAGGUCCAGCAAGAGGUACAAUGUGGUUCACGUCAACAUGUGUUCACGCCCAAUGGUCGUGGAUCGCAUUUCCCGCCGUUAUGAUUGGUAUGGCCGGUAUCUUCCUGGUUUUAGUGCACAUUGAAAGCAGAGGCACAGAGACAGAGAGGUUGUGGAAGAGCUCUGUACUUGCGCUAUUGUUCUGCGAGAUGGAUAGCGUUGUGGUAGGCAAGGCGCAUCCAAUUCACAAGUCAACGCUUAACGAGGUUGCGAAGUCGACGAGGGUGAGUUUUGGGAAGGGUCGCGAGGUGUUGAAACUUGUUGUUCGGUAG